UUUAGCACAUGGUUUCCACGCUACCUUUGUGUUAAACAUAUCGUUUUAGUGACGAUUAUUUAUUAAAAUAACCAUGGCUGACGUACCAGAUCUAAGUAGCGAUGAAGAGCAUUUCGAAGAAGAUGAAUGGCAGGAGAUGGAAACGAGUGGAGCUUCGGUAACUUGCUUAUACUGUGCCAAUGUUUCCACAUCCAUCGAAGACGCUGUAAAACACUGCGAGAGUGUACAUAACUUUAAUUUAAACACACUGAAAGCAAAGUUCAACAUGGACUGCUAUUCUUACAUCAAGCUAAUCAACUAUAUCAAGACGCACAAGCCGAAAGCAGACUCUGUAAUGAAUGCUACCGAAGCUUUGUGGGAGGAGGAUAAAUACCUAAAACCAGUGGAAAACGACGAAUGGUUGAUGUUUGACUUCGAAUCGCUGGCCGAUCCGCCUAGUUCUCCCCAAUCCUACCACGCGAACGUCGAAAAUGGCUUAGUCACACUGACCCAAAGCCAUUUCCAAGAACUACAAAGAACAAUUCAAGUUUUGACUCAACAACUCAACGAAAGCAAGACUCAUUUGCAAAUGGCUAAGGAGGACAUCAGCAAGAUGCAGGCAUCAAUGAAAACCAUUGUGGAUGUGGGCUCAAGUAAUUCGAACGGAGGUGACGGUGUUAUGAUUGUUGACUGUGUUUCAAAAGUGCCUUUGGAAGAUGAUGAAGGUUACUUCAAUACUUACGCACACUUCGGUAUUCACUAUGACAUGCUCUCAGAUAAAGUACGAACGGAAAGCUAUAGAAAUGCAAUAUUGAACAAUAAAGAAACAAUGAAAGAUAAGAUCGUACUUGAUUUAGGAUGUGGCACAGGUAUUCUUUCUAUGUUUUCCGCAACAGCCGGUGCUAAGAAAGUGUAUGCACUAGAUCAAUCUGAAGUUGUGUAUCACGCAAUGGAUAUUAUUAGAGAAAAUAAUUUACAUGAAACAAUAAAAGUAGUGAAAGGCAGAUUGGAGAACACAAAGCUUGAUGAAAAGGUUGAUAUAAUUGUUUCUGAAUGGAUGGGUUAUUUCCUGCUGUUUGAAGGCAUGUUAGAUAGUGUAAUAUAUGCCCGAGAAAACUGCCUUAAGCCAGGAGGAUUAUUACUACCUAACAGAUGCAACAUUAGUCUUGUAGCCAGCGGAGAUGUGGACACACACAAAAAGUUGAUAGAGUUCUGGUCAGACGUGUAUGGUUAUAAAAUGAAUUGUAUGAAGCCUGAAGUAGUCCGGGAAGCCAGUAUUGAUGUUGUUGGAUCAAAAAACAUCAUAUCAGAGCCGUGUGUGGUUAAAGAUAUUGAUAUAAACACAUGUAAUACAGAUGUCAUGGAUUUUACGUCAUCAUUUAAACUUCCAAUCACAAAGGAUGGGUCUUUGACAUCUCUUGUUGGGUAUUUUGACACUUUCUUUGAUCUUCCUAAUAAAGUUUCAUUUUCUACAGGCCCGCAUACAAUGGCCACUCAUUGGAAACAGACUGUCUUCUAUUUCAGAGAUUGUAAAGAAGUCAAACAAGGGGAUGUUAUUGAAGGUACAAUUAUGUGCAAUAGGCAAAAAACUGAUGUUAGAGCAUUGUCAAUACAAAUAGAUAUAUUUGGUAAAACCCAUAAGUAUAUUUUAAGCUAGACAAGUAGACAUUUAAGUGGUUGUAUAGCGUUAGAAAUGACAGUACAUAUUACUUUUAAGUAUAAAAAGCUUAUUAACUAAACAUAAUUAGGAAUCCUGAGUUUCUGUAUGUAAACACAGUGAAAUAUUUAAGUAUCAAGGUUUCAUAAAUGCAUUUUGAUGCAUGCAUACAUUGUUCUAAUAUUAAUUGUUACCGCUGCUGUAAAAUUUGUUGCAUUUUUAAUGUACUCCUGCCAAAUAGAUAUGAUUAUGAAUGAAAUACAAACAUUUUCUACGAAA